AUGGAGCCUGAAUUGCCAGAAUUCGACGAAUCAAUAAGUUUCACGAAAUCGAAAUUGACAAUUAGAGUAAGUAAAUUUCACACUCCUUUCUAAAAGAACAACAAAUAAUUUUCAGACUUCUAAUAGAAUAUUAGAAAACUAUCCGAUUACUGAAUCUGAAGUGACAAAAUUAUUUGAUCCCGAAGAAUUAGAAGGUGGAGAUAUUGAUAAUUUCUUUGUGUUUGUGAGUUCGUUUUGAGUAAUUAAAUAAUUAAAUUUUAAAAUUAGUAAUUUUCAGUGUAAUUUAUUAUUGAAAGUUUGGAGAUAUUGUUUUUAUUAUCAAGUUAAACCAGAAAAAUUAGCGAAUCAAUUGGAAGAAAAACAUUUUCCUACUUCAGUUAUCAAAGGAAUAUUAGAAGUUUGGAGCAGUGACCAAAUACCAAAAAUAUUCGAAAAUCUUGCGAGUUUUUCUUUCAGUGGUGUUCCAAAAGUGAAAGACACUCAAUGGAUAUCUCAAAAAGUUCUAGCCAGGUAAUUACAUUAUUAUUCUCGAUUUCACCAGAUUUGAAUAACAUUUCAGAAAUGGUGUAGAAGUUCAGGAUGAACAUCAGGCCAUUUUAUUAUUUGAAACAACUUCCGGCCCUCAACGAGUUCAAUUAUCAGCAAAACAAUUGGAAGAAUUAUAUUGGACCACAAAUAAAAUUCAGAAAUCACUCGAUAAUUUAUUAGAGCAUCGCUAA